GUCGGGCGGGGUUUACGGCAGGAGGUCGGCGGGCAGUCACCGAGCGAUGAGUUUGUUUGGCCUUUUCCGGGGCCUCUUCGGCUUCCCGGAGCGCGGAGGGGACCCAUUCUACCGCGGGUCGGUCCUGGACGAGGAGGGCGACGAUGAUGAAGACGACGACGACGACUUUCGGCGCCGGGGCGACCCCUUCGGCUUCGGGCCCGGCGGGCAGCCGUUCGGCGAGGGCUUUUCCGGACUCUUCCGCGAAAUGGACGAGCUCUUCAAAGGAAUCGGGAGCUGGGACGUGCCCGUGGGCCAGUUCGAGUUUCCUGAUUUUGACGCCCACCCUGUGCCCGGACAGGGGGGCGAGGACGGGGAGAAGAGGCGGGCGCCUCGCGACUGGAUGCUGAAACAGCCAGACAGUGACCCACCUGGCUUGGGCGGGGAGCAGGGGGACCCUCCUCUUCACAAGCCGGGGGACGUGCCUGCGGUUCCGUAUCGGUCGCCCUGGAACCCCUCCCGAAACUUUCAGGAUAUCUGGGACAUGCUGCGGAAGAGUGACACUAGGAAAGAGGAUCAAGAUCUGGACUCCAAGGUGAAUUCCGAAGGCCUGGAUAGUGCCCUCAAGCCAGCUGAGCCUCGGAGAAAAUCCUACUUCAAGAGCAUUUCUGUAUCCAAAAUCGUCCGUCCCGAUGGGACGAUGGAGGAGCGACGGACGGAACGGGAUGGAGAGGGCAACGAGGAGACCACAGUGACCCGGGUACAGGGUGACCAGUCGUUCACCAUGGUGACCCGGCGGGACGCCCAGGGCAGGGAGGAGCAGACCGAGCAGCUGGUCGGCGCAGAUGACCGUGAGCUGCGGAAGGUCCCGGAGAACUGGGAUUGGCAGUCGGGAGGCAGCAUUCCUGGGGAGCCGCCGACAGUCCGAGACUCCGCUUCCUUCCUUGACCGCCUGCUGAAGGGCCUCUUCUGGAGGCGGUGACCGCCGGCCACGAGCGCUGCAGUCUCUAGAGUUUUCUACGGUGUGGAAAAACAGCAAACAUCCAGUGAGAGACGGGCCUGUGGUGAAAAUGUCUUGUUAAUGAGAGAGGUCAGAGGAGAAUGGGCAGACUGGUUCAGCUGACAAGGAAGGUGACAGUAACUCAAAUGACCACACAUUACAACAGUGAUGUGUAGAAGAGCAUCUCUGAACACACAACACGUCAAACCUUGAAGCGACAGAAGGCCACGGACACACGCUGACGGGCAGCUUUGUGAGGUGCAGGAGGUACCUAUUAAAGUGAGCACUAAGUGUGUGUAGAAACAUGCAGUGAAAUGUGUUGUUUGUGUUAACGAAUCUGUCACUCCCCGACAAUGUCUAAUCCCUCGCUCUGAACCAGAGGGAAAAUUGCUAACCAACAUUACUGGUAUGCUGUAUGUGGGAUCUUGCUGGGCGACCUUGGCUGCCGGGUUGGACAAUUGUUGGUGUAAUGGAUUCCCAGGCAUCCUGAACCUGUCAAAUUCAAAAGGUUUUCAACACGUGCCAAAUGGUUCAACUGUACUAGAGAUUGAAAGAUGGGCUGAAUGGCCGCCAGCGCAUUCUUAAUCCCCGGGCAGUGAUGAACUCCAGCUGUCCUACAAGCGUUUGCCAGUAGGUGGCAGUCUUGGCCCACAGAUCCCCAGCGCUCCUGUGCAUAUCCCCGAUCUCUCUAUCACUCUGGGUCUGACACCCUCUCUGACCCUGUGUGUGUCCAGCUCGCCUCCGCAGCUUUUGGCCGUAGUCCGAGGGUUUUAGGUGGAGUGUGGAUGAGAUCAGCAGACUGCCGCUCCCAAUCCUACGUCACGCCCCCUCCGUCCUCAAGAAUGCUGCAGAGCCAGAGGAGGCUGUUCCAGGGAGGGAGGGUGAGGCCAGGGGACGAUUGCGACACCGAACUGGGUGUGUGCUGAAGGCAGCGGCCUGUGCGGAACCUCGUUUCGGUCUCUCGGCCGAAGCCGUGCCACCAACACCGCCUCCCUACCUGAAACCUGAGGCUGCAGGCAGUCGAGCCAGUCGAACCAGAAAUCCCUGUUCCCGUCACAAUCCUGCAUCUGCCUCCUCCCUCGCUGCAGAGGCCAUUCAGGCUGCAGUACCUGUGCUAGUCUCCUUCCUCCUCCCUCCCGGCCCUAUCUGUCCAACACCUAGAGUGGGAGACUGUACCCGUAGGCAGGCCUCCCCCUGUGCUCCCCUCUGCGUUUUAUAUAAACUUAAACAUUACUUUUAUCUGUCACGUGUACAUGGAAAAACACGCGGUGGUUGUGUCACUGAGGAUGUGCUGGGGGCAGCUCACAACCAGUGUAGCCAUGCUUUGACAAGGUUCAACAUCAAUAAAUGGCAAUUAUGCUCUGGCUUACCCCCCGUCUAUCCUUGCCUCUUACACCCCCCCCCCGCCACCCAACCC